AUGGCGUCCUCCAGUAAUAGUACACCUCUAGUGAGGUGUGUGGAGGAACGCGACGGCGGCGUCGGUGGACACCAGCUGCAGUGGAGUACUGGCGGUGGAGGCGGCGUGUGCUUGGUCACUGAGCUUCGAAUGUCGACUCAUCACUCAAGCAAUGAACUGCAGGCAAAUACUGCCCCCAUGGUAGUAGCACAAUCACUAGCCAAUACGAUGCUGCAGAGUGGUGUCUCAGCUCAAACGGAAAUUGCACCAAGGAAUCAGAGUAGCACAACACAGGUGACAGAGUUCAUUUUAAUUGGCUUCCAACUUCCCAAGUCUGUGGAGAACCUCUUCUUUGUGAUGCUUCUUGCCGUUUUCCUGUUAACACUGACUGGGAACAUCACCAUCAUCACACUGGUAUGCCUCGCCCAACAGCUCCAGACCUCCAUGUACUUCUUUCUCUGCAAUCUCUCCCUCCUGGAGAUCCUCUUUGUCUUGACAAUCACCCCAAAGAUGUUGGCAAAUCUGGUCUCCUUGAACAAAACCAUCUCUUUCCUGGGCUGUGCUGCCCAAUGUUAUUUCUACUUCUUCCUUGGCACUACCGAGUUCAUCCUUAUCGCCGUGAUGUCAUUUGACCGUUACGUUGCCGUCUGCCACCCACUUCGCUAUGCCAUCAUUGUGAAUGGUCGUGUCUGCAUGACGUUGGUCCUAGGCUGCUGGAUAGGUGGUUUCCUUUCUACCAUUGGCCCAAUUGUACUGUUCUUCCAGUUGACUUUCUGUGGCUCUAAUGUCAUUGACCAUUUCUUCUGUGACUAUGCCCCAAUGAUAAAGCUGUCUUGCAAUGAAGUUCAGUUCAUCCUAGCCCUGGUGUCUAUCCUCUCUUCAGUCGUUUUGCUCAGCUCACUGGCUGUCACUGGUGUCUCUUAUGUCUACAUUAUCACCACCAUAGUGCGUAUGAACUCCACUAAAGGUCGACUAAAGACAUUUUCUACCUGCGCAUCCCAUCUUACUGUAGCUUCCAUCUUCUAUGGCAGCGCCAUCUUCAUGUACUCUUUGCCGGGUCAGGGGCGCUCUCUGGCUGUUCAGAAGGCUGUAGCUGUACUCACCGCUGUGGUGACCCCUUUGCUCAACCCUUUUAUAUAUACCCUGAGAAAUGAGAAGGUGAAAGAGGCCUUGAGAGACUGUCUGAAGAGGCAAACCUUGAAACUGUGA